AUGAUCUCGUCAGUGCUUCUGGUGAACCUCAAGGGUGAAAUCCUUAUCUGGCGAGCCUACAAGGACAAUGUGACCAGAGCGGACUGGACACUUUUCUGCGGCCAAGUCGUUGCUGCGAAGGAGACCAGGGAUAAGCCUGUUGUGAGCAUCAACGGCUCCCACUUCCUGUACAUAACGCAGGGCGACAUUGUCCUUGUCGCUUGUACCAAAGACAACGUGAACGUGAUGUUAGUACUAAAACUGCUCCACAAGAUGGUCGAUCUGUUUAAGGCCUACUUCGGAGGCGCCUUUGAUGAGAACCAGGUUCGGAAGAACUUUGUCCUCAUCUACGAGCUGUUGCUAAGCCGCAGUUGCAAUCCGUUUGGCAUUGAUUCAGGCAUGUCCAGUUGA